GUGCCCGCAAGCGAUCGGAUUUCAUCUCGAGAUCCAGAUCUGCUCUCGAGGCGCGUCGCGUCGCGCCGGCGGAAGGACGUCGACCGCAUCGGGGUCUGCCACUACCAACUACCUUGAGCUUGCAGCACCAUCUACCGAAGGUCUGGUCUCAUGCGGCAAACAUGGACUAGCCUCCGAAAACCAUGGCGUACAUUCUGGGAUGCCCACAGCACGCUCAGGCGUGCGCUGUACCCGCUCAUCUGGCUACCCACGGGCAUCGUGUUCACUCAGUUCUUCUACACCGUGAAGUCUGUGAGUGGACGGAGCAUGCAGCCAACGCUGAAUCCGGACACUUCGCCGUGGCGAGACUUGGUGCUGUUUGACCGCUUCUCCAUACGGACCUUGCGGAAGUAUGAACGAGGUGACAUCGUCGCAUUGGCGUCUCCUAUUGACUCCAAGCUGCUUGUCAAGCGAAUUGUCGCUUUGGGAGGAGACACGGUGAAGACAUUGCCACCUCAUCCUGAUGCCGAAGUCCGUAUCCCCCCUGGGCAUGUAUGGGUGGAGGGUGAUGAGCCCUUCCACUCAGAAGAUAGCAACACCUUUGGACCUGUUCCCCUCGCGCUCAUCGACUCCAAGUUGAUAUGGAUCGUCUGGCCCCAGCAGCGGUUUGGGCCGCUACUUACGCCUUCAGAACCAGACCCCAAGGCACCGAGAGGGCCUAGUUGGCGUUUGGAGAAGGCCGCGAUGGAAAGGGCACAAUGGAGGAAUUCACGCGUUACUACAGUACAACAGAGGCUGUCUCCGCCAGAUGAGCUAGACACGGAGGUCGUAGUAUGA